CCUUCCCAUUUUAAGACACAACUCCAACAAGGCAUUGUUUGGUUUGGUUUGGUUACUUGAAAAUCUCGAAUCGCUUAAUUUUGAUUUAGUUUUCCACCGCAACGCGGAACCUCUUUCUCGAACUGGCUAACUCUCAGGCAAGUGGCUCGGACGCUGAUUCCAGCAACACGCGGCUGGUGGUUGCACUGUAUGACGCCCUAAACUCCGGCGACUCCAACGCCGUCGUCAAGAUCGUCGCCGCCGAUCUCGAGUGGUGGUUCCAUGGUCCGCCCUCUCACCAGUUUUUGAUGCGCAUGCUCACCGGCGACUCCGCCGCCGACAACUCCUUCCGAUUCGUUCCGCAGUCCAUCGCCGCCUUCGGCUCCACCGUCAUCGUCGAGGGCUGCGACUCCGCCCGCAACAUUGCCUGGGUCCACGCCUGGACCGUCACUGAUGGGAUGAUCACUCAAAUCAGAGAGUACUUCAACACCGCCCUCACCGUCACUCGCAUCCACGAUUCCGGCGAGAUUGUUCCGGCCAGAUCCGGCGCCGGCCGUUUGCCCUGCGUCUGGGAGAGCAGCGUCUCCGGUCGGGUCGGGAAAUCCGUCCCCGGUUUGGUUCUCGCAAUAUAAAAUAUAAAAUAAGUAAUUAGGGAAGGACGAGGUCACGUGUUGCCGUUGCUAUAAUAAUUAAAUAAGGGACUUGUGCACGUGGCGGUGACUGGAUCGAUCGGUUUCAGGGAACAUUGAUACUUUGUGUUAGUAUUGGAGGUUAGGGAGAUGUGAGAGCUUUGUUGUUAUUGGUGUGGUUUGUUUUGUUUGCUUGUGUGUUUUUCACCACUAUGGGCGUAUUCAGGUGGUUGUAUCUUUCUUUUGUUAUUUGGAGUGUUGAUGAUGAUGCAAUAAGAAUAUCUAUGGACUAUGCUUUUAAGAGUUGGGUUGUGAU